GCACUCGGAUGAAGUGGUUGGUGGUUACCCCAAUUGUAAGUACACUUGCUUGUGAUGGCAAAAAUGACAACCAGUAAGGUGGCCGCGAUAGUUACUAUUAGUGUUAGCCCACUUUGGGUUUGGCAUGGAGAUGAUCGUUCUACUAUUCCUCGAUGCAUCCAGCUCCUCUUCGCAAAAUUUGUAUUAUUCCUUGUCAUCCUUUGUGGCCACCAUACUGCCUGAUGUUUUGAUCACGGUGUCACUCUGCAUACUUUUGUAUGACAGUGGUUCUUGCUCCGUCUUCCCAAGAACAAAACGUCUCCUGAACACGCUCAUCAUCUAUGCUGUUAAUCGGUGUCUGCUGAUCUUACUAGUCGCCCUUGCAGAGUCCGUCGCCACCAUUAAGGUCCAGAAUACAUGGUCGACAGCAUUGGACUUCACGAUGGGAAAACUAUAUUCCAACUCACUUUUAGCAUCGCUGAACACCCGACAAUACCUUCGAUCCCAGGAAUUAGGCACCACCCAGUCAGAUGAACGCGUCGAUGCUGUCCACCUCACGAACCUGCAGAAUCUUUCGGAGGGCGUGGAGCGUUCAAACGAAGGAGAAAAACAUAUCGAGGCGCACGAGGUGAUGGUUAUCGAUAUCACUGCUGAUUCGGCACUUGAUACGUAAAGGCAUGGUCUUCCGAAGAGAGAGUGAGGUGUAGUUCUAGUAGUACCAUAAUGUGACCGCCAUUGAUCAUACUGUUAUGGAAUAUCCC